AGGGGCAGGUAUUAUCCUACAACCGCGUACACUUCCGAGGCCCGCUUCUUCCAAACCCACCCUGUCCCCUCAAGGGAUCUCAGGAAGCAUCAGCUUCCCCGUUUGUGAUCUCCAUGAUCCCUUUCUGGCCCGUGGCUCCUCUCUGCGGAGGCAGCCUGAUCCCACGCCAGAACUCUCGGCUUUCCUAAAAGCGAAGACGGACUUUGGACCCUAUUCACAUGUCAGGGGCCCCAAGGUCAGACUACUUCCCACCCUGCCGCCCCAUACUAAUGGGUGGCCACGGUCCAGUGGAUCCCGAGGGAACUAGGUAGCCAUGGAUCCUCAGUUUCUCCAAUCUGUAAAACGCGGUAGAUAGGACAAAUGACCUCCCAGACAGCUCCACAAAGUCUCCAGUAAGUUCACACGUGGGUCCUGGUCCCGCCCCAAAAGGGGCGGUGGAGUAUUACUCCGGCACAUCCGCUUACCUAUAAAUGCGCCUGCGCAAUGGGGCCCACCAGUCGGAAGUCUCGCCAUCGCCAUGGAGCCCGAUGGGACGUACGAGCCUGGCUUUGUAGGGAUUCGCUUCUGCCAGGAGUGUAACAACAUGCUUUACCCGAAAGAAGACAAGGAGAACCGCAUCCUUCUCUACGCGUGCCGAAACUGUGACUACCAACAGGAAGCGGACAACAGCUGCAUUUAUGUGAACAAGAUCACCCACGAAGUAGAUGAGCUGACCCAGAUCAUCGCAGACGUAUCACAGGAUCCUACCCUGCCCAGGACGGAGGACCACCCGUGUCAGAAAUGCGGCCACAAGGAAGCAGUGUUUUUCCAGUCCCACAGUGCCCGGGCUGAGGAUGCUAUGAGGCUCUACUAUGUGUGCACCGCUCCCCACUGUGGCCAUCGAUGGACAGAAUAACCAGAAGCCCUCUCCAGCACAUGAUUUCUUGAUAAAGGAUUUUAUUUUUA